AUGGCCGCACCCAAGAAAUCCGCCCUCAUCGUCGUUGACAUGCAAGAAGACUUCUGCGAACCCAACGGCGCCCUCGCAGUCAAAGACGGCCGCGGCGUCGUCAACUACAUCAACGAGCUACUCUCCUACACUGGCUUCUCCCUCAAGAUCGCCACUCAAGACUUCCAUCCUCACGAUCAUAUCUCUUUUGCGUCGCAGCAUCCCGGGACGAAGGCCUUUACGUCGGAGCAUACGAUAAAGAAUCCAGAGAAUGGGGAGGAGACGCAGACGACUCUGUUAUGGCCAGAUCAUUGCGUGCGAGGAACGAAGGGAGUCGAGCUCAUUCCCGAGUUGCACCAAGACAAGCUCUCACACACCGUCCACAAGGGUCUCGACACUCGAGUCGAAGCAUACUCGGCCUUUGGACCUCCCUUCCGCAACCCGAAGAUCUCGAUGAGCGAGCUGGAUGGAAUCUUGAAGGGUGCUGGCAUCACGGACGUUUUUGUCGUUGGUCUGGCUUACGAUUUCUGCGUCAAGUGCACGGCGGUCGAUGCGAUGGAGCAUGGGUAUCGAACGUUUCUGAUUGAGGAUGGGACGAAGGGGGUGUUUCAGUCGAAGGAUGCUGUUGAGGGUCUGGGGAAGGAGUUGAAGGAGAAAGGUGUGGAACUUGUCGGUGCAGAUUCGACGGUGGUGCAGGCUUUGAAGGGGUAG